ACCGCUCUGGAAAGCGAGCACGGAAAAUCGGAGCGCACAGGUUUGCAGCGACAGACUCGACCCAGAGGAAACACAGCGCGGAGCUUCUAGCGCAUGAACUGAAGAAGUACUCGCAUUAUAGCUUGACGUUUGAGAAAACAAAAAAGCCCAGCGAGGCUGACACAGCGACAAAACACGGUAAAACCAUCAGCAUAAACACACCAGGAGGGCUUUUCGUUCUCUUGAACUGACGAGAUGCAUCGUUCCACCAUCGUGCUCAUCCUGAUGAUAAUCGCCCUGUACUCCAUCAGUGUGGAAGCCUACAAAUGCAAGUGCACAAGGAAGGGGCCCAAGAUCCGGUUCAAGGACGUGCAGAAGCUGGAGAUCAAACCGAAGCACCCCUACUGCCAUGAGAAGAUGAUCUUCGUCACUAUGGAGAAUGUGUCCCGCUUCAAGGGCCAGGAGUACUGCCUGCACCCCAGACUGCAGAGCACCAAGAACCUGGUGAAAUGGUACACGAUCUGGAAGGACAAGCACAGGGUUUACGAAUCCUAAAUCAGUACAAGAUGGACCAGAACACCCCCCCCCCUCCUCCCUCCCCAUCACCCCCGAAGACUGUUUUAAAAGCACAAAAAAAAAAAAUCUGACACUUAAGACUUUAAUGCAACUAUUACUUGUGGAAUUGUAGAUGAUGGCAGAGCAAUUGUAUUUAUUUUUGUAACUUUUAGAUUUCACCCUUGAGGAUGGCCAGAGUGAAAAUGUAAGGGAGACGGUGGAUGGCAGGUGUUUCCUAGUGGAUUGCUCUAGCGGAGACUGCACAGCUGUAUCAGUGUUUGCUUUGCAGAUGUGUCUCUGUGGGACAGAUGGUAGCACCCUCAGUCUUUGGCUUCAGGGCAGUCAAACCCACCGCAAGUCAAUCAUUUCCGAUCCUGGGUUUAAGAGCGUUUUGGGUGUGUUCUAUAAACAUGCCCAGAGAAACACCUGACCAGUACCAUGUUCGCGCUGCAUAAUUGAGAUGAUCCUGAUAAGCCGGGUCCACACCUCAGCGAUCUGCUGCGCUGCCCAACUGCUCCCCUGAAGUCACGCAACUGGGUUGCGAUCAAUUGCUGUGGCCACAUCUGAGCAAUUACUUGUGCAACAAGGUUCCCGCAUCUGCAAGGUUCAUUUUUUUAUGAUAAAUGAGGUGACAGAGUUUUUAGAAUUGUAUUUAUUUUAUUUAUUUUUUGACAACUGAGGUGACACUUUUUUUGGUCCAGUUGUAAUGUGUCUAGUAAUUAACGAGGAAGAGAUAGCUGUUAUUACUUUUUCAAGUCUUGUUAUUUUAAAUGCCAUAUUCCCUAAAGAAAAAACAAAGCCACGUAAAAGCUGGACGAAAGCGUUACAUUUUUCCUCCAACAUUUUUUAAAUUAGAGCUUCUUUAGACAGGAUAUGCAAGCCGUGCAGUCAGCAUUAUACGAACCAGUCAGAGUUUGCGAAUUGCCACGUGAUCGCCUGUGUCUACAGAAGUCGCUCAGGAGGUUGCUUAGAAAGUACAGCCUGGCUCCACUUCAAGCAGCUGCUUGCAGGGACCAGGGGCGUCCACAUAUAAGAGGCUUGGUUGCAUGCUCAGGUGUGGACCCAGCUUUAGAUAAGUCCGAGAGUAAGACUGUGCUUUGUCCCGAGGAUGAGGAACAGCUUACUGCAGCCAAUCCCUUCCAUUUGGGAGCAUGUAAAUAAAUCCUAAAGCAAAGUCCCUCCCUGCCUGUGACCUGUGAAACCUUUCAGAAGCAUUGGCUGGGGGCUACCAUACAGACACUAUGCAGUGUGAUGCUUUACCCACAGAGGUGUGGAACUGGCUUCACUAGAGGCUAUAACAGCAGCUUUGUUUUCAUUGUGUUUAAUUCCACUUCAAAGUAAGCUCUCUUUCCUGGAACCUUCCCUUGUGUUUGUUUUUAACCCUAUUUGAUUUGCUUGGCGUUGCACACUGUUUGUGUCUCAGCCUGAAUGUACAGCCUAAUACUGUGCAUUCCACUUUGUUUAUAUAUAUAUAUAUAUAUAUAUAUAUAUAUAUAUAUAUUCUAUAUAUAUAUAUAUAUAUAUGCAUACAUAAACUGCUUGUAAAUAGAAUGAAUACUAUAUAGAAACAUACAUUUAUUACCUCUUAAUGUAAUGCAUUGUAUUGCUAAAUUAUUGUUUUGCUAUUUAAAUUUGAAUGUUACAAAACAAUGUUUUUUUUUGGUUUGUUUUUGUGCACAGCAUAUAUAACCUGGCACAUAUUUUUAAAGUGUUCAGGAGUGUAUGUAAUACAAUUAAUGGAGCUCCCUGGCAAUAAGAGAGUUUGAUCCCUA